GCAUUUUUAUUUUUUUAAACUGACAUUCAUGACAUUUGGGGAACGUGGAGAAAAGGUUGCAAACAAGUUUGUGCAAUGGAAGAAAUCAGAUUUUCGGAUUACAAUGAUAUUUUUUCUCACCAUAAAAUAAUGACAGAACAUUAGAUGUGUUAAUUUACAUUGUUCUGCAAAGCGUGUUUCUCCCAGAAGCUUAUCUCACUGCUUUUGUCUGAAUAUUCCUUCAUGCCUGACUUUGGAAGCAAUGGGUAACUUGGAAAGUCAGAACGGUGACCAUAGUUUUUAUGGAGAUAGUCAAGUCCACUUGUCUCGCAAACAAAUGACUCGAUCUCUUCGGAUUUCAAGUAAAUCAUCCCGCAGGUCCCGGCAUGCUUCCUCUGGAAAGGUUGAACACAGACAUUCUGAAACAAGCACAAGAUCAAGUAGUACACCGAGUAUACCUCAGUCUUUAGCUGACAAUGGUCUUGAACCAUAUAAUGAAAACUGUACCUUGGAAGGUUUUAGUAGUCCUUUAUGGGGUGACCAAGUGGCCAUGAGUAUGCGGCCAGUUUCCUUUCAUGAUGAUCCUUUGGCUGACUCUAAUUUGGACUUCGGGACCGUAACCGCAGCUACGUCUGUUUCAAGCAUGCAGGACUCUAAAAUGUACCAUUGUGGCACUCUGUAUUUGCAAAAAACAAAAGAUGGACCACAAGGAAAUGAAAAUAUUAAGUUUAAAAAAAAAAGAUCAAAAUCUGCAGAUAUGUGGCGAGAGGAUAGUCUUGAGUUUUCUUUAUCUGACCUUAGUCAGGAACACUUAACUAGCACAGAAGAUAUUAUUGACACCACAGAUGAAAAGGACUUUGAAGAUGCAGAAUUAUUCCAGGAUGAUGGCACCACAAAGGCAAAAGGUUCUAUGCACCGAGCAAAUUCUCUGAAUGAAUUAUCUGGCCAAAGCAACUCUAGUACUAUGGUUAAUGAAACUGCAAGGUUUGUAAAGUGCUUUAGAAGCACUAUUUCACAGGACACAAACAUGGCCAGUGUAGUAAGUGAUAAAAAGCUUUUUUCUCCUGAAGGUGAAUCAAGCUCUUACUGUGCUUACACUCUUCCCUGUAGGAGAUCUUACUGUCUUUCAGAAAAUGCUAGCCAAUUUGCUUAUUCUGCCAGCAUUCAAGGGAGAAGAGCUCAAACCACACAGGAUAUUACAACAGAGGAAGGAAGUGAAUAUACAGACAGUGUGAUCCAUGGGGCAAUACCAGAUGCAUAUCAUUUAUCAAGAUGCUCGGAGGCCAUGUCAGCUACUUACUCAUCAGAUGCAUUGACAGAAGGUAGUAUUUGUGCAAAAAGUGAAGCUAGCAGUAACAGUGAAGAUGCUGUUCAAGGAGUUUAUGAAAACUUCCGACGUGAGCUUCAGAUGAGUUCAGUUAACACAGAGAACCUUGAAGAAGCAGGAUCUGCAGGUAGUGAUGAACAGACCAGUGGCACUCUGAGCUCUCCUGGCCAGUCGGACAUUCUUAGUGCUGCACAAGGCACUGUUCGAAAGGCUGGGGCAUUGUCUGUCAAAAACUUCCUGGUACACAAGAAAAACAAGAAAGUAGAGCUGGCCCCACGCAGAAAGUGGAAACAUUAUUGGGUUUCUCUGAAAGGUUGCACAUUAUUCUUUUAUGAAAUUGAUGACCGAUCAGGAAUUGACCAAAGCAGCAUCCCAAAACAUGCAGUUUGGGUUGAAAAUAGUAUUGUCCAAGCUGUUCCUGAGCACCCCAAGAAAGAUUUUGUUUUUUGCCUCAGUAAUGUACUUGGUGAUGCAUAUCUUUUCCAGACUUGUAAUCAAACUGAGCUAGAGAACUGGAUAACUGCAGUUCACUCUGCCUGUGCAACUGAAGUAGCAAGACAGCAUCAUAAGGAAGACACAGUGAAGAUGCUAAAAGCAGAGAUCAAGAAACUAGAACAAAAAAUUGAUAUGGAUGAAAAGAUGAAGAAGAUGGGAGAAAUGCAGCUUUCUGCCGUAUCUGAUUCAAAGAAAAGGAAGACCAUUUUGGAACAGAUAUUUCUAUGGGAACAAAAUCUUGAACAAUUCCACAUGGAACUUUUUCGCUUUCGAUGCUAUAUAUCAAGUUUACAAGGUGGAGAGUUGCCUAAUCCAAAAAGACUUUUAGCAUUUGCAAGCCGACAAACUAAAGCUGCCAUGGGACGCCUUGGGAUAUUUUCUGUAUCCUCUUUUCAUACUUUGGUGGCAGCACGUACAGAAUCUGGUGUGAGGAGAAGGUCUCAGGUUAUUUCACGAUCAGCAAGCAGAAGAAGAAGCCGCUUUUCCUCCCUCUGGGGAUUGGACACUACCUCAAAAAAGAAGCUAAAGGGUCGACCCAGCAUUAAUCAGGUUUUCACUAAUAGUGAAGAACCCAUGAAGAAAUCUUUGGAGGCUAUGUUUGAUGAUGUGGGAAACUGUGAGGCAGAAAAUGAAUCUGCUUUGAACACUAUUGGACACAAUAAUCCAGACAAUGACAUAUGGAUUCCUGACUAUCUCACUCCUUCCUGGGUAUGUCUGCCAAAGGACCAAGCAGUGCUGGCAGUGAUACAACCUGCUGAUGUACCAUCAGAUAUUCUUGAAAUAAUAUGUAAGACUUAUAAUUUGGAUCCGACUAAACAUUAUUUGAAGCUGAAGUUUUUAAUCAACAAUGAAGAGCGAUAUUAUAUACCGAAAGGGAGAGAGGUCAUCAGUGAACUGUUGUAUAAAGAAAUUGAAAUAUGUCCCAAAAUUACAAAUACCAUCCAUUUGGCCAGGAAUCACACAUCUUCUGAUUGCUAUGGUUUUACUGUCUCUGUAGAAGAAGAUGUAGGAAUACAGAGAAUGCAUGUUACUGAUGUAAAGGAUAAUGGGCUAUCUUUCAAUCAAGGUUUAAAAGCAGGAGAUGAAAUCUUGGAACUUAAUGGCAAGAAUGUCAACAAUCUGCAUUUGUUAGACAUUAAGACUAUAUUCUCUCAACCAUCAUUCUCCAUGACAGUUUUCACAGUUCCAGUGAACACGACUAAAUGUUCCUUAACUGUACCUCCCUGUCGAUUAAUUGUUGAUGAGGCAUAUAAGGAUAUUUUUUCUCAAAGCCAAGAGAAUAUUCUUGAUGAUGCUGCUCUAAGUGAUUUGGAAAACUUUGCAAAAGUUGUAGAGAAAGAAGAAGAAAUAUCAGAUAUGACGCAUGAAUUUAAAAAGAGUACUGAGCAUGUUGCAGCUUUCUGCCAAAGUCUUCAUGACAUGAAUCUUUCUGAGCUGUCAAGUCAAAGUUUGGAUUCUUUGGCUCAUCAACCUGUAACACAGCGACAACUUACUGAUACAGAUAAAAUGAGAAAAGUCAUCUGUGAGCUGGUGGAAACUGAAAGAACUUAUGUCAAAGACCUUCAUUGUCUUAUUGAGAAAUAUUUGACACCUUUGCAGAAAGAAAUGUUCCUUACUCAAGAUGAGCUUGAUGUUCUUUUUGGAAAUGUGCAAGAAAUGGUUGAGUUCCAAGAUGAAUUUCUUAAAACUCUUGAAGAUGGAACAAGGCUUGUGCCAGACUUGGAAAAACUGGAAAAUAUAGAUCAGUUUAAGAAAGUUCUUUUCUCGUUGGGUGGUUCUUUUCUGUACUAUGCUGACCGCUUCAAGAUCUACAGUGCAUUUUGUGCAAGUCAUACCAAAGUUCCCAAGGUUCUUGUAAAAGCCAGAACAGAUCCAGAUUUUAAGGCCUUUCUUGAUGCUCAAAAUCCCAAACAGCAGCAUUCUGCAACACUGGAGUCUUACCUGAUCAAACCUAUACAACGAAUACUGAAAUACCCUCUUCUGCUGAAAGAAUUGUAUUCCUUAACAGAUCCUGAAAGUGAAGAGCAUUACCAUCUUGAUGUUGCAAUGAAAGCAAUGAAUAAAGUAGCAAGUCAUAUUAAUGAAAUGCAGAAGAUCCAUGAAGAAUAUGGUGCUGUGUUUGACCAACUAAUAGCAGAGCAGACUGGGGAGAAAAAAGAGGUUGCAGAUCUCUCUAUGGGUGACUUACUACUUCAUACCACAGUCGUUUGGCUUAACCCUCCCACUUCCUUUGGAAAAUGGAAAAAAGACCCAGAACUUGCUGUUUUUGUGUUCAAAACUGCUGUAGUAUUUAUAUACAAAGACUGUUCAAAGCAGAAGAAAAAAAUUGGAACUUCUCAUAAAGCAUCUUUUUCUGAAGAAAGAGACCCAUUUCGGUUCCGUCACAUGAUUUCUACAGAGGCUCUUCAAAUUCGAACACAUGCUAGUGGAGAUACUGAGGGAGGGUCUGAAUGUGAUGUUGUUCAUGUAAAAUCUGAAUCUGAGGGGAGACCAGAGAGGAUAUUCCACUUGUGCUGCAGCUCCCCAGAAAGUAAAAAAGAAUUUUUAAAGACUAUCCAGUGUAUUAUAAGGGAUAAGCAAAGAAGACAGCUUCUGAAAACUGAAAGUUUACCACUAAAUCAGCAAUAUAUACCUUUUGGAGGGAAGCGUCUAUGUGCUUUAAAAGGUGCAAGGCCUGUAAUGAAUAGAGCAGUUUCUGCUCCAACUAGGACGCUUGGGAAAAGGAAGAUAACAAGAAAUCGGUACACAAUUGAUGUAGACAUAGCAUUUGGAAGCAGUACUACUGAAGUAUCACCAGAGCAGCCUCCAAAGCAACAGACCGUACUGGGUGGGGACACUGACCAGUGGGUGGAGGAACAGUUUGAUCUUGAUCGGUACGAGGACCAGGAUGAGGUCAAGGAGACUGAUAUUCUAAGUGAUGAUGAGGAGCAUGGUUGCUGUUCAAAGGCAUUCUCGGUAGACCUUCAGGAUCUGGCGAACAUUGACAGCACUGAGGAGGAUACACUGAAGACCAAGGCCAGCAAUUUGCAAGCACUGAAAAUGUCUCAUUUGAAGAAGCAGUCUGCUGUUACUGAGUUACUGAGUGAAACAGAAAGCAGUGCUGAAGAGGUGAUCUGGGUAAAAAGAGAAGAUUUUGUACCAACUCCAAAUAGUAAUGUAUAAGACUGUUAUCAUAAAGAUAUCCAUUUUUUCUAUAUGCCUGCGUGGACUUGUUUUUCAUGUCAAUCUGGGCAGCUAUAGCCACUUUAAUACAUUGGUGCCAAGUAAUAUUCUUGAGAGAUUAAAGGUAAAUAUGUUUAUUAUGAAAAUGUUUCAGAAUAUUCCUAAUACGUUGGGUUAUUUAUUACUUUGACUUCAGGGUUUAAAAGUGAAUUGUGAGGUGUUUGUAACUGCGGUAUACUGGCAAUGUUGCAUUUUCUGUCCGUUAAGCUACUCUUUGCAGUAAAAACAAUUUUAAAUUUGAAUAUGUAUUCAUUUAUCAUGUAUCUCAAUGUUGGAGAGCUUUCUUUGGAUUAGUGACAACUUUUAAGAAUUGUUUAAAGAAAAUGUUGAAAUCAAAUGGGUGUCUUCUGUACAAUUCAGUUUUCUUGGAAAGCGCACAAAAUGACACCUACAUGUCAUUCCUGCAGCACCACUUGGCAGUAUACAGUAAACAGUUAUGUGGCAAAGCUUGGUAGGUCAAUCACAAACAUGUCUUAGUUAAUUCAAAAGGUUAUCUUUUAGACAUUAGUCUGAUACUCAUGUAAUGAAAUAUUGUGCUGUUAAUAGGUUUUUGAAGUCCUCUGUUGGUGUGCACAUCUUGUUGACCAGCAUUAUUCUUUGUGGUUGGUACUGCUGCUACUUCUGAUAUCUCCUGUUCCAUCCCCCAGUUGCCUUUCUUGUAUGCCACAUGAACCUGCUAUUUUUAUGAAUUUAAUAGUUUGUUUUUUUUUUUAAAUACACUUGUAGUUGUCUUACCCCAAGAUGUGAGUAAAAGAACACUUGAUAUUGUGAGGCCAUAUGUUGGAUGAAACUUUUCUCACAUGUUGUCAUGACAGACUGUGCAUAAAGUCAUUCUGUAAUGCACAUGUAAAAGCGUUCCUCUAAUAUAUUUUUUUUACUGAAAGAAAGUAUAUUUUUAUGUUUUAACAAGUACUGUUCUAAAAAGUUGUAUAUGCUUGUCAAGAAAUGCAAUAAAAAAUUGUACGAAGUCU